AAUCUCUCUUUCCUACUGUGGGAUUAUCAUGGCGACGAGGCAGGACAGCCUGUGACUAUCCACUGCUCUCUGCAGGCCCUUCUUUAUGUUUUUAUUCUGGCUUUGAUUUGGGAGGAUACCAGUAGCCAAAAUGCUGAACCAGAGUGCUGUGAUGAUCUUUACUGGGAUCUGUGGGGCAUUGGUCCUCAUGGCAAUGGCCUACUAUGUCUACUGGACAGUAGUAUUGGCCGACGGACCGUGUAAACGCGGCUUGUAAAAGGAUCCCACCGUGGUUGGUCGUAGUGUGUAGAGAGGAGCCUACUCCGCCCUCCAGGCUCCUCAGCCAUGGCUCUUCUGGGCUACCUGAAGAGCCUCUUUAUCCUGCAGUUGCUGAUGGGCUUUGUGUUUGUGGUGAGCGGCCUCAUCAUAAACUUCAUCCAGCUCUGCACCUGCAUCCUCUGGCCCAUCAACAGACAGCUCUACCGCAGAAUCAACUGCCGGCUCUCCUACUCGCUCUGGAGUCAGCUGGUGAUGCUGCUGGAGUGGUGGUCGGGCACAGAUUGCACCCUAUACACCGACCAGGCUACGGUGGACAUGUUUGGCAAAGAGCAUGCCAUCAUCAUCCUCAACCACAACUUUGAAAUCGACUUCCUCUGUGGCUGGACCAUGUGUGAAAGAUAUGGCAUCUUAGGGAGUUCAAAAGUGCUGGCCAAACACGAGCUGCUGAAGGUUCCUCUGAUUGGCUGGACCUGGUACUUCCUAGAAAUAGUCUUCUGCAAAAGAAAGUGGGAAGAGGACAAAAAAACUGUCUUCAAGGGACUGAGCAGACUCAAAGAUUAUCCUGAAUAUAUGUGGUUUCUUCUGUACUGCGAGGGAACCCGUUUUACAGAGAAGAAACACCAAAUCAGUAUGGAGAUUGCAGAGAGCAAAGGUCUCCCCAAGCUCAAAUACCAUCUACUACCCCGAACCAAAGGAUUUACCACAACACUGCAGUGUCUUAAGGGCACAGUAACUGCUGUGUACGAUGUUACUCUGAACUUCAAAGAUAACCAAACCCCCACUCUCCUGGGUAUCGUCAACGGCAAGACAUACAAAUCGGACCUGAGUGUGAGACGGUUCCCUGUGGAGGAAAUACCAGAUGAUGAGAAGGAGUGUGCCAAUUGGCUGCACAAGCUCUACCAAGAGAAGGAUGCCUUACAGGAACACUACAGCAAGGAAGGCAAGUUCCCCGGACCCACAAUAAUCCCACCUCGUCGACUAUGGACGCUGCUGAACUUCCUGUUUUGGGCCACCCUGCUGCUGUCGCCCCUCAUCAAUUUUGCUUGUGGAGUGGUUGUCAGCGGUUCCCCCCUCCUCAUCAUUGGCUUCAUCUUAUUCCUCAUCAUAGCUUCCAUAGCUAUCCGACGCCUCAUCGGGGUCACGGAGGUGAAGAAAACAGGCUCCAGUUAUGGAAACCAGGAGGCCAAGAAAGAAAACUAAAGUGCGUCACCCCCUUAACCCCAAACACCUCCCGUCCCCCUACUCCAGUGAACGGCCCUCUCUGUGUGGCCGUCCCGCGGUGUCUCACCCCUACCCAGCUACUUUCUCCUCCUACCGUCGAGUCUGUUGGUAGGUCGCGGAGGAGAAAACUAAAUAGACCAGAGUUAGAAAUUUGAAUAGCACUUGAGUGAGAGAGAAAGAGCAUAGAAGGUCAUGGGGGGUGGGUCAAGCUCUCUGUUGUAACACAAAACAAAAUGGAGAGGGAGACACAGCAUCAUAGCCCUGCUGUAUCUUUCUUAAUCCAGCUCGUCCCCAUCCCAGACACAUUCAUAUUCUGUAAACACCCAAGGUCAAGCUCCUCACCUGUCACAUGGACAGUCAGUCCGCCCAUCGUCUGCUCUUGCACUACCUACCUCCAAAUCCAGUCAUGGUCAUCAGCCAAACAGAGUGUGGGGGUGUGCUCAAAACACAAAUGAAUCCACAUUUGUUCAUUUCAACCAUCCAGGGGCAGUGUGUGACUGCAACAUCUGUGAAAUGCAGGAUGUCUCCCUUGGGACCCGGUGCCCCUAAGGGUCGAUUCACCCAGAUCACAAAAUACAUGUACCAUUUCAACUUUCACAUAUCAAGCAAUGCAGAUAGUUCUGGUUUUUAUACAGGCAAAGUCUGCGAUUUCAACUAUCGUGCUGAAAAAUGGAGGUUAAUAAAAAUAUGUUCAUGAUGUUCAAUCAUUGUUGAAGUUUAUUUGACAAAGGUGAGAGCAGAAACAGUGUCUGUCUUGUUGGAAAAUAAUUAAUAGUUUUCAUUGGAAACUGUUUUAAAUGUAAAGAAAAGGGAAUUCAUCAUCUGAUUAUCAAAGUAGCUUGGCAGAUAGUUUCUGUGAAAAGACAAUUCACUUUUGUUUGAGUUUUUCAAAUUAUGAUUUAAUUUCAUUUAAGAACGGUUGAUCGCAUUCAGUUUCCUUUUUUGUAUCAGGGCAGGAGCAGAAGGCUCAGAGCAUGGAACUCAAAACUAUAUAAAUUCCACAUCGUGUCCGGGGCUGAAGUGGGAAAGAUAUCUAGUUUUAUUUGAAUCUUGUGAUGUUGGUGAAUCAACCCGUUAACUUCCUGGUGUGAAAACCUGCCAUCGGUUACAGGGGUCAUGUGCAGCCCGCAGCACCAACACACAUUCAUUCACUCCUAUUGUCAUUUGAUUUACACAGACAGAAAUCUAUAUAUACAUGUUAUCAUUCGUCUUUUUAACAUGCCGGGAUCAGCUGACCCUGAGGGUUUGCUGGUCAUUUACCCAGAAAUCCCAGUCUGAACACUUAGGCACUUCAACCUACCCACUAGCACUCUGAUGCCAGUUCAAAUGCAGCCCACGCCGCUUUGGUUGAUGUGACUGAUCUGCUGCUGAGUGGCGGUUGAUUCCAGAGAAAGGUCACGGCCUGUCUCCAUGAAGCCUCACAGCUGUUCGCACAUUAUUUAGCUUUCCUGAUAUAGAACUGAUAUUUUAACCUUUGCCUUAAAUCAAGCUUGCUCAGGCGAGGGAUUUGCUUAUUUGCCGGCCCUUUAAAACAGCACCCGCCUCUUCCCUCUGUUAUGAUUGAAAUACCGACCCUCUCCCUGCCAUUACUGCAGUGCAGGGGGGGGCAUGUAUUUGGUUAAAAAAUGAAUGACUAAUUGAGAACCAAUGUUACUCUUUUAAAGUGGAGACUGAGGAAGGUGUUGCUUUGAUUAAGGCUGAACUCUGUGUGCAACUUUGUUCCUCUGGACAUCAGCACAGCGACAUCUGGUCAUCGCUGCUGCACUUUCAUUUCUACACAUUUUAGAAUCGCUCAUCCCAGAGUUGGUGGUUUUUAACUCCGUUUCCUGGUCCUCAAAUUCAAACAAUGGUAGCAAACCACGAGGGGAUAUUCUGUGUCCUGCUCUCUCUCCGCCCCUCCGCCCUGCUGUGCCACAUGCAGUAUCUCACGUUUCUCUUUUCAGUUUCUGUUUUUCCCCCGUCACUCGUCAGCAGCGAUAUGUUGUGUCCUUUCUGUAGAGCUCUCUCAACCCAGACAGACUUCAUGCAAAGCCUUAAUAGACAGUGCUGCUUAGUUUUUUUUUGUGUGUUAAAAAUGUAGAACGCUAACUUGAGCCCCUGUUGUAGUGAAGGAUCAACAUGUGAAAGAUGUCCUCCAGUAUAGCAAGCAAGUUUCUGGGAUUAGCUGUCAAGUGACUUGUUCUUAAGUCAUAAAAUAAAGAAAUAACGAGAACUGAGAAUGGAUUCAAGUCACGUUCAUAAUUUAACCACUUUUUUUGUACACAAAGUUAGUUGGAGUUGCUUUUACCUCAAAUUCUUGUGAAAAGCUUUAGGAUCUUAGCCAAUUUUUCUUUUAAGAAAUAUCCUCAAAUGUGCAGCAUCAAAUGAUAAAGCACUUCAGUCCAUCCUGUCAAUCAAACUCAUUUUCAACAGCAGUUCAAACCAGUAGAAAAGCUUUUGCUUUGGGUGUUUGUUUUUUUACAAUACAAUUAAAGUAUUUAGAGUCCUUCACCUUUUUCACUUGGCAGCUUUAUGCUAAAAUCAUAGAAAUGUUUUCCCCAGGACUAGAUAUUGAAAAAGAGAAACUGAAAUAUCACGUUGACAUACAUUUUGCAGACAUGUUUCUAUGACACAUAACUUUUGGCACAGAUGUUUCUACAACUUGAAUUCACACGUGGUAAACUCAACUGAUUUGGUCUGGCACACACCAAGUUAUGAGGUCAAAGGAACUUCUCUGGGUGGAGGGAAAGCUGAGGAAGAUCCGAGUGCUCAGAACCUCAGAUUGUACCUUGGGUUUGUCUUCCUCCUUCCUACGAGACGAAACAGGUCUGACUUAGGGACGAUUCUGCUAAUCUGCUUGAGAGAGACAAGCAGAGCUCUGAGGUGAAGCUGUAUGGACAGAACUGAAAAUGGCUGUGCACUGACAGCAACCCAGAAGACUUGAGGCUCUGAUCGCUGCCAAAGAUGCAACUGUAGGAACUACAACUUCUAAAUACUUUCUAAAUGUGAUAUUUCAGUUUUCCUUCUUUAAUACAUUUGCAAAACUUCCUUAACUCUGUUUUCACUUUGUCUUUAUGGAAUAAUGAUUGUAGGGGGAUCUGAGGAAACAUGAUUUAAAUGUUUUUAGCUUCAAGCUGUAACACGAUGUGAAAAAGUUGAAGGUGUCGAACUGUGACAGUUUACUUUUCUUUUCUGAUUUUUCUGGAAUCAAAUAUCAUCAGAAAUUGACUAUGAUUUUCAAAUUCAAAGAUAUUUCUGUUAGUUACUCCUUUUGUGGCAGUUUCUUUGUUUUCUAAGGCGGUUUUAAUGUUUUCCUCAAACAAAAACACUUAAACAUUAAAGGAUUUCAUCACUA